AUCUUCCACUUCAAUGUCUAUCAAUGUCUACUCCUAGUCAUUUAAUUGCAAGGCUGUGGCAGCUACUGCUGCUGCUAUGUUGUUAUUUUCUAGGAUUUUCUUUUACUUGUUCUAUAAGUUUAUUCUAUCUCUGUAUCACCAAAGGCACAAGGUUGCUGCUGCUGCUGCUAUUCUUCGAGAUAAAGUGGUGACCCAUGGGGACAUUAAGAAAGUUAGUGGCGAAGUGAAAGGAUUGGUCGUUGAAGAAAAUGGGACUCACAUUCUUUACAUGUUGGAAGCAGAUGGUAGACCUGUGAGAACUAGAUUCCCAAAAUGUUGGUUCAAUCGAAGUUAUGAAAAUUCUGAAGAAUGGAAGAAAAUAAAUGCCAAGCCAGUAUCGUCAGUACCUGCUCUUCCUUCAAUUUCUGCAUCAUCAUGUCCAACACAAGGAGUUUCACAAUCCCCUCAACUUAAGAUUCUUGACAGAAACACUCCUCCUCCUCCACCUCCACCACCACCACCACCUCCUCCCCCGAGAAAGGGAGUUGCAAAAGUGCCGUGUAGGCCUCCAUCACCGCCACCUCCACCUCCAAAGGCUAGUGGCUUCACUUCAUCAUUGAGACCCCCGCCUCCACCAAAAGGGAAAGCAAACAUGAAGAACAGCAAAGAGGGUACAGCAGAGAAGAGUUCGAGGGAGAAAGAUGGUGACACGAAAAAGCUGAAGCCUCUUCACUGGGAUAAGGUCGCAGCCAAUGUUAAUCAUUCAACAGUGUGGGAUCAGAUCAAUGACAACUCUUUCUUGUUUGAUGAUCAGCUCAUCGAGAAAUUAUUUGGAUAUUCAAGCAACAAUAAAAAGCAUGAAAGAUACCAGAGUCUUUCUUCUCAAGCAAUUUCUUGUGAUGAAAUCCUGGAAGCACUCCUUGAUGACCAAGGACUCAGUUCUGACACGCUUGAAAGACUCACCAAAAUAGCUCCAACUCAAGAAGCAGCAGCCAAAAUCAAGAAUUUCAAUGGCAACCCAGAUAAACUAGCCGACGUGGAGUCUUUCCUUUACUACAUCCUCAAAGCAAUACCAACAGCAUUCACUCUUUUGAAAGCAAUGCUUUUCAGAUCAAGAUAUGAUUCUACAGUACUUCAGCUUAAAGAACGACUGGGAACACUUGAAAUGGGAUGUAAAGAGCUAAGGACUAGUGGUCUCUUUAGAAAACUCCUAGAGGCUAUUUUCAAAGCCUGGAACUGA